AUGGAGUUUCAGCCACAUUCGUUAGGCGAGGUAUUGGCCGUUGCCAAAAUCCACCCUUUUUAUGUAGAGGAGAUACAGUAUCCUCCCGACGAAAAGACUGUUCAAUCAGUAAGAGAGAGAGUAGCCGCAGAGCAAGAGCAGGCAAAUGAAGAUCUAAAGAAAUGGCCCGUUAUCUGGAAGAAGGACCUGUACGACACCAUUCAACGGCUCAUCAAUGACACAGACCCCAACAACACAUAUCGUCAGAGCGUCUAUGCGAGCAUCACUGGUGGGGGUUUUGGUUCGAAGCCAUUGUUCUUUGGCACAGAUGUAUACGAGAACCGCAAGCACAGGGCCCAUUUCGGCCAGUUUCUCAAAACCAUUGGAGCCAUCAAGCCCGGAGACUGGGCAUUGACGACCCAUUGUGCAGGAGAACUUUACAGGUCCCUGGAUCUCAUGCUUGAAAUCAUGGAGAAUGCUGGUGCCUCGGUUCUCAGCGCUGGCAAUUUUAUGCCCCCCAAAGAUGUUGCUAAACUCUUGGCAAAAUACCACAUCAACGUUCUCGCUGGUGAUAGUGGUCAGAUUGUCCAGAUGGUACACCACAUCUCGACCCUCCCCGAGGAGGAGCGCGCUCUGAUCAGGCUUGACAAGCUCAUCUAUACGUCUGAGGUGCUUACCGCUGCGCAGAGAGCGCACAUAAAAGCGACCCUGAAGGGUGUCAAGAUCAUCUCUGUCCUGGGCAGCGCAGAGGCAGGGCCAUGGGCAGCUAGUAGCCCCGAUAUCGUUGGAAAAGAGAGCACCACAAGUGUAGAGGAUCUUAUCUUCGACACACGAGCCAUGCUGCUCGAGGUCUUACCAGCUUCAUUUGCUGAAGGUGACAAGAAUGUUGAUCCUCUCCCCGAUGGAGAGACUGGCGUGGUGGUUCAGACGUCUCUUUCUCGUCUGCGCAACCCACUGGUGCGAUACGUCACUGGUGAUAUUGGAUCUGUCCAUCCCCUACCCGAAGAAGCUCGAGACAAGAUUCCCGCGGCUGAUUGGCCCUAUCUCCGGAUUCUUCGCCUCCAAGGCCGCGACAGGCGAGUCAGCUUCGACUGGGAUGGGGAAUACAUCCAGUUUGAAGAUAUGGCAGCUUUGUUGAACAACGAAGAGUGCGGCAUCUUACAAUGGCAGAUCAUUCUGGAUAAACUGGAGCCAUCUUUGGAGUCGUUCUUAGAGAUCCGAUUGAUGUGCUCUCCGCGGACUUCGCGGGUCCUUUCACUUGAUGCUCUCAUUGCUCGUAUCAAGGGAUUUCUCCAUGUCAUAAAGACAAACGACUAUCGAUUCAAGACGACUUUUGUCAAUGAGUUGGAUGGAUUUGUGAGGAGCACUACUGGCCGCAAGGUCAUUAAAUUUGUCAAUCGAUACAACUAG